AUGCCCGAGCCCCCUCCAGCCCCUGUGGGAGCUGCGGGGAAGAAGGGCACCAAAGGCAAGGACGACAAAAAAGCCGACAGUAAAGCCAGCGACGGCAAAAAGGAAGGGAAAACAGCCGACAGCAAAAAGGAAGGAAAGUCAGGCGAUAGUAAAAAAGAGGGGAAAGCAGGCGACGGCGGCAAGUCGAAAGGAUCAUUCUCCGUGCCCUCCUCGUCCUCCAAAUCUUCCACCUCGUUACCCGCUGCUCCCGCGCCAAAGCCUACGGUCGCGCUGCUCGUGCGCUCCUCUCUCCCCCCCGCUGCCAAGGCUGCCGUGUCCGUGGCUAAGUCCUCGUCUAGUGGGGCCGGGCCGACGUCCCCGUCGUCGAAAAGCGGGGGUAUAGGCGCGUCUGGUGGGGGUGGUGGGGGAAGUGGGAGUGGGGGAGCGCCGGUGAAGGUUCUGUCCAAGUCCUGGAGUGCUGCUGCUGCGGGGUUGAAGGAUGCGGCGGCAGCAGCUGUUGGUGCUGUGAGCAGCAGCAGCAGUAGCGGUGGCGGUGGGAGUGGUGGGAGCGGGCCUGUGAAUGCGUGGUCGUCGUCGCCUGUCAUCGUUUCUGGACCGUCCAAAGGGAAGAACGCGGAGAGCAAGGCGGAGAAGGUCUCGUCUCCUAAGGACUCAUCAUUGCAACAAGACGCCAGUUCCGCAGGCAAGGCGUCUGACAAGCCUGUAGCAGGAGGGGCAGGAGGCGAGGAGAAGGGCAGGAAAGACAAGGCUGGGAGCAAGGCGGCUAGCCAAGAAGGGGAAGGGAAAGCUGAGAACGGUAGCGGUGGUGGUAGUAAUAAGGGGAGUCAAUCCAGGCAGAAGAAGAAAGGCAAGGAGCAGUCGGUUCCCGCACCUGCGGUGCCUGCUCCGGUGACCGCCGCCGUGCCAGCGAACUCGGUCUGGAAAGCCAAGCCUGCUGCGCUGCUGCUUCGGCCAGAGGCUGGGAAGGCGCAGGCACCGAGCCAACAGCAGGCACAGCAGCAGAAGCAGCAGCCCGCGCAGCAGCAGCAGCAAGAGCAGCAGCAGGGGAAGCAGGCUGGAAGGACGACAACAGAAUCGCAAGGGAAGACAGAUGCCGCAACCACCUCCUCUCCUGUACCUCCUCCCAUCAAAACCACAGCCACCGUCUCCCCAGACCCCCCUCCCCCCUCUUCCGCCCACCUCCCGCCCUCCACUUCCCUCUCCGUCUGGACCAAGGAAUCCGCCUCACUCCACUCCACCUCUCUCCACUCCUCCUCACCUCACUCCACCUCUCUCCACUCCUCUCUCCAUCCCACCCCCCCGUCCUCCUCCUCGUCCUCCUCCUCCACCCCAACUGAGUGCGAAUUCUCGACCACCUCGGGCCUCUCCUCUCCCCCUUCCUCCUUCCCCUCUACCCCCCGCGCCAUGGCCAGUCUCUCCCCCUCCGCCAGCAUGGGCAGUUGCGCCGACCACCUCCCUGCCGAGCCUGUCACCGAACCUGCCUCCAGCUUAACCGAACCGGCUGCCGAGCCUAGCGUCGUGGGUUCGGAAACGCUGUUGAGUGGGAGGUCGGGUAAUGAUGUGGGCGUGCAGGAUGGUUUGCGAGUGAAAGCAGAUUCCCAGGUACAGCAGCAGCAGCAGCAGUCUCAGCAACAGCAGAAACAGUCGCAGCAGCAGCAGCAGCAGACGGUGGCUGCAGAAGGUGUUGCAGCAGGAGAGGCCAGCAAGGACAGCAAUGCAUCGAAUCCGGGCAUGGGCUCAAUAUCCGUUGAUGCCGGCGCUGCCGCAGGUGCCGCCGGUGCUGCUGCUGCAGUCAAUGCGGCUGCCUCUGUGGGGGCCACCGUUGCUAGUGGUGCUGGGGAUAUGUCUGGUGCUGCAGCCGGAGGGAGCACCGCCUCUGGUGGGCUGCGCCCGUGGAGUGAUGCGUGCCGCUUUGCCCUGGAGACGAAUCGCCGGCGAGUCUAUGUGCGCCAGCUGCAAGAGCUCGGAUUCCCCCUGGGAGAGGCAGCGCAGGCAGUGCUGGUGCACGGGGGUGACCUGGGUGGCUGUCUCAACCACCUGCUCGUCUUCCACGAGUGCUCCUGCCGCCCCUCCGUGCUCUCUGCUCUCACGCCCUCCCCAUUCGUCGUACCAUCCCACACGCCCCUUACUUCCCACACAUUCCUCACUGCUAUUCCACCGCUGUCUCCCUUCCCCUUCUACUCAUCUCCCCUCCCCUCCACCACCACCACCUCCUCCGCAACUCUCUCCUCGCUUCCUCCUCCCCACCCGUUCCAGUCGAACCACUGCAUACCGCACAGCACCACUUCCUUCCCUGUUGGUCCUUCUGACCCUGUCUUUGCCCAUCUGUCCCGCUCCGCCUCCCCCUCCCCCUCCCCCUCGCCACCCUCUCCUCUUCCUGAUUACACCAUCCCAUCUCCCUCACUCGUCAUCCCCCUCUCGAAUACCAACCCUGGCGCCUACUCUCACACCCCUAUGACCACACUCACUCCCACCACUACCUCCUCCUCUUCCUCCCUCCAGCACACAUCUCUCCUCUCGGGUAUCUGGUCUAGCUCAUCGCCUAACCUCCCUUCUGCCGCCCAUGCCAGUCCCGCACCUCCUCCUGGGUUCGGCCCGAGCCUCAAUGCCGCUGCAGCUCCACUUGGGGAUGAGGAGGACCUUUUCUCCCGGAUCCUCCCUGGUUUGCUGGGUUAA